AUGGAUCUCAACAAUGCUUCUCUUGGCGAGUUGUUUAUCAGUGGCCAGACCAUCUUGAAUGAGCUUGAAGACACAACGCUUGCCAGCAUCGAUCCCGAAUACCAAGCCAAAGUACACGAUGCGCUUUCACGCCUUGAAAGGGCUCACGAUCUCGUCCAUCAGCUCGCCAUUUUCAGUUCCAACGAGUUAAUAGACGACAUGAGUCCUAACGACAUGCGCUUCCUUCUCAUACCUGUGUAUCUGGGCGAUUUGACGUUGAAGGUCACCGAUCGCAACAAGAGUCGACGACACAUACUUGAAGCUGCUAAGAACCAUUUCAAUACCUAUAUGAAUGCGUGUGAGGAGCAUCAGCUGUUAUCAGGAGCCGAUUUGGAAGCGUAUAAACGAUCCGUGGACAACAGCAGUAGCUCUAGCAACCGAUCACUUCCGCCUGCACAACAACGACAACAAAAGAUUGAAAUGUUUAAACGAGAAAAAGCAACCGAACAACGUAUCCGUGAACUUCGUGAACGACUCAAUGUGGAUGAGAAUGAAGAUAAAGAUGAUAUCGAACGUGAUUGGGUCCUUGCCCUUAUCCAGCUGCAUAUCUUGAAAGCUUUACAACAUUUGCACUCGAUUGAUCAAGAGCUUGUUAUGGUCAAAGAAAUGGAAGCCAUCUCAGAGGAUCGGCAACGCAUGUCUUCAACAGCAGGUCGCUCAGAUGAACAAACAGCACGCACCGAUAUGAGGCCAUCCACUUGGGGAAGAGAUAAGCCUUUGCUUUCCAAAGAAGGUCGACCUUUACAACCCUUUGUCAUUACCAACAAACGACAGGCUCUCAAGGAUCAAGUAUUUCGUCCUGGAUGGAGUUUACCAACCAUGUCCAUUGAUGAUUAUCUUGCUCAAGAGGAGGCACGUGGCAACAUUAUUCGUGGCGGUGGCGAACCACCCUCUGAAGAAAAGAAAGAGAUUGAUGACAAUGACUAUGAGGCACAAGAUGCAGAGACCAUGCGUCAACGGAAUUGGGAUGAAUUUGUGGAAGCCAAUCCUAAAGGAUGGGGCAAUCGUGGGAACAAAGGAUAA